AUGGGCAAGAAACGCGUCCUCGUGAGUUAUGGCGUCGACAUCGAUGCCGUCGCUGGGUGGUUAGGCUCAUACGGCGGCGAAGAUUCGACGAGCGAUAUCAGCAGGGGCAUUUUCGCUGGUACACAUGGCACUCGACGUCUCCUCAAACUGUUCGACAAGUACAACAUCAAGGCAACCUGGUUCAUUCCGGGCCACUCGCUUGAGACAUUUCCUGAAGAAUGUGCCAUGGUGCGUGACGAAGGUCAUGAGAUCGGCUUGCAUGGCUAUUCGCACGAGAACCCAUCGGAUAUGACAUUUGAGCAGCAGAAGGACGUGCUCGACUAUACCUUCAAGCUAUUAACUGAUUUCUGCGGGAAGCCGCCUCGAGGGAGUGUUGCACCGUGGUGGGAAGUGAGCGAGGCGGGCACCGAGCUUCUCUUGAGCUAUGGUAUCGAAUAUGAUCAUUCCAUGGGUCAUGAGGAUUGCCAAAUGUACUGGCUACGUACUGGGGACACGUGGACCAAGAUUGACUACAAGAAAACGGCGGCUGAAUGGAUGAAGCCCCUAGUUAGGGGGAAAGAGACUGGAUUAGUUGAAAUCCCCGGAUCUUGGUACAUCGAUGACUUGCCGCCUAUGAUGUUCAUGAAAAACUCGGCCAACAGUCAUGGGUGGGUCAAUCCAAGAGACAUCGAAGACAUCUGGAAGGACCACUUUGACUAUUACUACCGCGAGUUCGACGAGUUCAUCUUUCCGAUGACCAUUCAUCCAGACGUGAGCGGUAGACCUCACGUCUUGCUCAUGCAUGAAAGGAUCAUCGAACACAUUAACAAGCACGAAGGCGUUGAGUGGGUUACGAUGGAGCAGAUGUGUGAUGACUUUAAGAGCAAGAACACCGCUCCGGCAGGCGCUCUGCUUCCUGCUUCUCGAGAGGAGGUUUUGCAGAGAUACGUACCCAACUAA